AUGGGGCCCUUGCCAAAGUUGUCUGGUGGUCAUCUAUACAUAUUUGCUGUAACCGACUACUUCUCAAAGUGGGCGGAGGUUGUACCCCAUAAAGAAGUGAAGAAAGGGACAAUAGUGAAUUUCAUUCAGAUUCACUUGAUCUAUUGGUAUGGCAUUCCACGUUACAUCAUAACUAAUAAUGGUAAACCUUUCUAUAACAAACUGAUGAUGGAUCUCUGUGAAAAGUUUGGCUUUAAGCAAUACAAAUCCUCCAUGUACAGUACUCCAGAAAAUGGGUUGGCUGAAGCAUUUAAUAAAACACUUGGCGUGGAAGUCGUUCUUCCUCUUGAGCGCCAAAUUCCAUCCAUACGAAUUGCCAUUCAAGAAGGGUUGACUGAAGAAGAAAAUGUCAAACUAAGGUUGCAAGAGUUGGAAGCAUUUGACGAGAAGAGGCUUGAAGCCCAACAACACUUAGAGUGUUAUCAAUCUCGUCUCUCAAGUGCAUUCAACAAGAAGGUUCGACCAUGA